GCGAUAUGUCUCAGUAACAAUUAUUAUUGAACCAACAAUGACGUCAACCUUUUUGUCUGUUAAUUAAUGUUACUUUGAUAGCUUUGAACUUUAUAGUUGUCUACAGAAUGCAAUAACAACAUUUGUGUGUUUUUUUGUAUUUUUUCUGUUGCAGGACACUUUUUACUUUAAAUUCUCUCAUCCAGAUUCUUGAGUCUACUGGACAAAGCGAUGAAAAGACACAAGUUUGGUUCAAACCUCAAAUAUAAACAUGACAUCAAGGCUAAUUCAGCAAAAAUCAUUGAUAGCAAAACAGUUAUGAUAAUUCUGUUUAAAGGACCUUAACUAUCACAACUAUAUUCAGCUAAAUUUGUUUAGUUGUUCUUAUGUUCUUUUUGAUCCUAUAUGCUACAUUUUAAAUGCAAUUCACUUCAGUUUCAAAUAACAACACACUUAUUUUUAUCUUUUAAGUUGAGGCCCUGAACCUGAGCCAGAGCUUUCAAGAGAUGAACGUGUCAUCGGCCAACUUGACUGUGGUUAUAGAGUAUCGAGACUCCUUCACUAAAGCUGUGACCAAGAAUGUGAUUGUUGUGGUUCUCAGCAUCUCCAUCAACUACAUCAAUGCAGCCCUCAUUCAGACCUUUCGUAAACACCAGAUCUUCUACAUGAAUCCUCGGUAUAUCUUGUUUUUCCACUUGGUGGUCAACGACAUGAUCCAGGUGAUGCUGACCGUCAUGCUGUUCAUCAUCAGCUACAUCCUCUACAAAAUAAAUGUCUCUGUCUGUUGCACCUUCAUCCUGCUUGCUCUUUUCGCCACUGAAAACACUCCUCUGAACCUGGCCUGCAUGGCGAUAGAGUGCUACAUCGCCAUCUGCAUGCCCCUUCGCCACGUGCAGAUCUGCACCGUCAAGAGGACGUUGAUGCUGAUUGGUUUAAUCUGGGCGAUCAGCAUGUUGUCUGUUCUUCCUGAUCUGUUCAUCACCUUGGCCACUCAGCCUCUGGACUUCUUUAAUACCCGGGUUUUCUGCCUCAGAGAAACUGCUUUUCCAAAUCCCCACAUUAUCAAAAAGAGGGAUAUUACCUAUAUUGUGUAUCUGGUUAUAGUUUGGUUUGUUAUCUUUUACACCUACUUCAGAAUUCUGUUCACUGCAAAAACAGCUAGCAAAGAUGCUAAAAAAGCCAGAAACACAAUCCUCCUUCAUGGGUUUCAGGUGCUGCUGUGUAUGGCAACAUAUGCAGAGCCCCUGUUAAAAAAUGCUCUACUGCAAUGGUUUCCUAAGAACUAUCCAGACUCCCUGUUUGCUUGUUACGUUAUUAUACAGAUCCUGCCACGAUCCAUUAGUCCGAUCAUCUAUGGCAUACGAGACCAGACUUUCAGGAGGUACCUGAAAAGAUAUCUGUUGUGUAAAAUGAGCCCACAGUAAGCAUCAAUUCAUGGGUUAUCAUACAGAGGGCUUUACAUGAGCCUGUGCAAAUCUCAACAGAGAUGAGAAGGAAGCAAGAAGUCUAACUCCUUAGUUUCUGUUUAAUUGAACAAGGGCACAAUAGAAUUAAAGAAGGACAAGUUUUCAGCCAAGUGUCUGUAGAUUUAUUAGCCCAAAGUUGCAUUUUACUUGCCCCGGGCAAUCCUUAUUGUUGACCCCUGUCAUUCUUAUUCUUAUUUAUUAAAAUCUGUUUUAAAUAAUAA